UGAUGAAAAUCAAAGAAAGCGUCACUUGUGAAAACAGAUCACUUGAUGAUUGCGUUACAUCGAAAGAUAACGUCACUACUAAAGCUUCUGAAUCUCAUUCUCGUGAUGAUGGCGCAAGUGAAGAGAAACUCGAUCAAGCGUCUCACCCACUUGAAACGUUGUACAAUUGUUUUGUUGCUCCUGUCCUAUCAGAAGUACAACACGACGAGAUUGUCAUAGUACCCGAUGGACCAAUGUAUAGAGUACCGUUUGCUGCCCUCAGGGAUCCCAAUACAGGACAGUAUUUGUCAGACAAAAAACGCAUUCGUCUUUCUCCAUCAAUAGCAGUAUUAAAGACCCUAAAUGAAUGUCCAGUGGAUCAUCAUAGCCAAAAAGGAGCGUUGAUUGUAGGAGAUCCGAUUGUGGGAGAAGUCAUGUUUAGAGGCAAGAAACGAGUGUUUAAACGUUUACCUUCAGCAGACAAGGAAGUCACCUUUCUUUCUGCUAUUCUUAGACAGUCGACCAAACUGACCGGCGAACAAGCUACCAAAGAUACGGUUUUAGAAAAGUUGAAAGAAGGCUCAGCUGUGAUUCACAUUGCUGCGCACGGGAGCUCUGAUAAUGGUGAAAUAAUGCUGGCACCAAAUGUCUCGCCAGAAAGACAAGGAAUCCCAGAAGAAGAUGACUACCUGUUGACGAUGAAAGAAGUCCAACAAAUAGGAAUCAAAGCUCAACUUGUUGUCCUAAGCUGUUGCUACAGUGGCCGUGGUGAGAUCAGGGCUGAGGGUAUGGUUGGACUAAGUCGUGCUUUCCUUGCGGCCGGUGCUCGUUCUGUCGUAGCGUCAUUGUGGGCUAUCGACGACAGUGUAACUUUAAGUUUUAUGGUCAGUUUUUACAAUUAUUUGACUCGAGGUGAAAGUGCGAGUGUAAGUCUUCAUAAAGCCAUGCAUGAUAUUAGAAAAGAAGGCCACAGGGAUCCCAUGUACUGGGAUCCUUUCUUCUUGAUCGGCGAUGACGUCAUUCUCAAACUGUAAUAAGAAGAAUCAAUGAACACUUUCUGAAAAUAGUCAAGACAACAUUGAUUAAUUUUUGACAAUGAAAAUGGAUAGAUAACGUCGUUGUUAAGUACUGUCUUGGUGUAAAUUUCAACAAAAAAUACCAUGUUUAAAUGAUUUUGAAUUAGUGUUAGUUAAAGAUUAUGAAAGACUAGAGUACGUUAUAGCCAAAAAGGGAAAU